AUGAUAAUCACUAUUUCUCUGUUGACCUGUAUUUUCUGUUUAAUUAUUACAUAUUUAUGGAACGUUGGAAAUUCUUAUGAUUAUUUUCAACGUCAAGGUAUUCCAGGACCGCCAUAUCGGUUCUUUUUUGGUCAUUAUAAAGAUCUUUGGCCAGUCAAAUCAAUUUCAAGACAAUUCCAAGAAUGGACUCGUCAAUAUGGUUCUAUUUAUGGAUUAUUUGCAGGUACAACACCAAUGUAUGUUGUUUCAGAUGUUGAUUUUCUUCAAGAAGUUUAUAUAAAACAAUUUUCAUCAUUUCAUUCACGUCAUCUUCCAAUUAUAUUACAACUUCAAACAGGCAAUAAAGUUCAUUUAUUUGGAGCAACUGGACUAAGAUGGCGUCGUCAACGCUAUGUAAUUAAUCCAACAUUUUCAUGUGGAAAACUUAAACUUAUGAUGCCCUUAGUGAAUCAAUGUAUUGAAGCAAUGCUUAAUAAAUUAUCUGAUAUAAUUAAUGAUAAAAAUACAGAAAUUAAUAUUUAUCAAUUAUAUAAACGAAUGACAAUGGAUGUUAUUUGUCGUUGUGCAUUUGGUAUUGAUACUGAUAUGCAAAAUGAUGUUGAUAACAUAUAUCUACAAAAAUCAGGUGGAACAUUUGAUGUAGAUGUUGAUAAAUUAACUAUUGUUAAAUUAACUAAUUUACUACCAUUUUUCAUAACACCUUUUCGUUAUUUUUAUCUUGGUCAAAUUGCUCUUCGUAGAAUAUUAAUAAGAUUAAUUCCAGUAUUAAGUAAUUAUAUUGAAGAAUCACCUGGUUCAUGGUUAACAAAUCGUGUUAAAGAUGUUGUGAAUUGUCGAAAUAAAUCAUUAACAACAAAUACAAUAAAACGUGUAGAUUUAUUACAACUUAUGAUUGAUGCUUCAACAUAUGAUCAUGUAAAAGAUCAUAGCGAUGAACAAUUCAUGUCAAAAACAUUACAUUCAGAUGAAGUUGUCAGUAAUGUAUUUCUUUUUAUGAUUGCUGGAUAUGAAACAACAUCAACAGCACUUGCAUAUUGUACGUAUAUUUUAGCAACAAAAUUAGAUAUUCAAGAUAAACUUAUAAAAGAAAUUCAUGAAAUUAAAUGGAAUAAUUAUAAUAAUGAAGAUAUUUAUGAUAUAGCUACAAAUCUUCGUUCUCUUGAUUUAUUUGUACGUGAAGUUCUUCGAAUGUAUCCUAUAACAAGUAAAGGACAAAUAAGAAAAUGUAAUCAAACUACAAUUAUAUCUGGUUAUAUUAUUGAAAAAGAUAGUAUUAUUCAACCUGAUAUAUUUAGUAUUCAUUAUAAUCCAAAUUUAUGGGGUCCUGAAGAUCCAAAUCUUUUUAUACCAGAAAGACAUGAAAUAAAACGUCAUCCUAUUGCUUGGAUGCCAUUUGGUGUUGGUCCAAGACAUUGUAUUGGUAUGAAAUUUGCAUUAAUGGAAUUAAAAAUGUGUUUAAUUCAAUUACUUCGACAAUAUCGAAUAUUACCUGGUGAUAAUAUUGAACAAGGAUUUAAACGACAAGAAAAAAUUGUUAUACAACCUGAUGCUAUUUAUGUUAAAUUUGAAAAACAUUCUAUUUGA